GGCCAGGUCUUGAACUCGUGUAUCAAACCUAGCUCCUAUGCCAUCUCCUUCGAUGAUGGCCCUGGACAGCUCACAGAUGAACUGCUCGACUACCUGAACGAGCAGCGCAUCAAGGUCACCUUCUUUAUGAACGGCGACAACUGGAACUGCAUCUAUCGCCCCGAGUCUCAAAGGCUGUUGAAGCGCGCAUUUCAGGCCCAGCACCAGAUUGCUGCCCACCCAUGGUCUCACCGCAACUUUGAGGUUCUUUCAGACGAUGAGAUCCGAGAGGAGAUGCACAAGGUUGAAGACGCGUUCCGAAGCAUCCUCGGUGUCGUUCCCCGGUAUAUGCGACCACCAUAUGGCGAGCACUCGAAGCGCGUCCGCAAGAUUAUGGAGGAGAUGGGAUACCUCAUCAUCCUCUGGGACGUCGAUCUGCUCGAGGACGGUUCUCAUGGGCCUUUAGAAGACGAGAUCGAUAAUGAGGAAAGGGAGCAGGAGGAGAAUGAAGAGGAAUCAGACAUAGAAGAGGAGUUCCUCGAGUACUCCGUUCAUAGACAUCAGACCCAAUCAUCGUUCUCAUCCAAGUGGGCUGAGGCUGUUCGAGGCGUUCCUCACAUGACCCUGGAUCGCGACGCCAUGGUCAUGGGCGGUAUUUACCAAGAAGCCACCAGCGUCUGGGCUGCAGAAUACGUCCAGAAUCUUGGAUAUGAUGUGAUGACCGUCGGUGCCUGUGUUGGAGAGACGGACCCCCGUCUCUGGUACAAGGAGAUUGUCGAGCCUGCGGAUGAAUCGACUCUUCCUUACUCCUGCCACUUUUAA